UGAUGGACACGACAUAUCGACCAGCUUGUGAGCGGUUUGCGAUGACCCAGCCGUCUACUUCCUGCGUUUAUGCGAAAGCUGUUAAUGUAUUCGAGGACAUACAUCCAGGAAACCGGCAACCCUUUUCCGUGGAAACCAUCCGAUAAUUUAGUUACCUUCACUUUCUCUUUUGUGCAUGUUGCAGUGACACUUAGCUUCAGUCCGUGUUGGUGACGUCGUUUUGAUUAGAAUACAACUAAACCAAGUAUCCGGCCGACUAAAUCAUGGGAGCGGAACUGGACAAAAUGUCUUGUAAGACUGAGUCUUACGUGAGCCCCGCGGGAUACAUCAAACACUGGUCGAGCGACCACUACAUCCACCCUUACAGACCGAAAUCGUUUUUCAGCAAACUCACCAACUUCUUGCCCGACCAGCUCGUGCUGCACGAAGGUUUCGACGAACAGACGCUGUUUCGCUUCGAGCAGAAGAUCGGACACUGGGGAUACAUCGUUCACGUGGCUUCCGGUCAGUGCUUCCAUCCUUACGGAGGCAGCGUCAACCCGGAGAACGGCGUCAAAAUCGUCCUCGACCCCGACCAGCAUGCCGGCGCUCUCUGGACGUACGACAAGGGAACGCACACCAUUCAGCACCGGAGCGGGAAGCACAUCCACCCUUACGGCGGUGGCGCCAACCCGUCGGAUGAUACGGCCAUCGUCGUGCAUGACGGGGUCAACGACGCCGUCAGAUGGACCGUCGUCGAAAAUGACGGAGUCACGGAAACAGAUCCGUUUCCGGCACCGGAUGUGUUCGGGCGAUGGGAGAUGAUCAACGCGAUCAUCAACCCGAGCACGGAGUACGAGUUCACGCUCAAGUACAGAAUCGGCAAAUCGAACAGCUCCAGUAAUGAACUGAGCAGCACGUGGGGCGGAGCCGCGGGGCUGUUAGGGCCCCUGACGGUGGGGGCGGCGUACGGCCGCGUUUCGAAGAACGCUUCCAAGGAGACGUUCGAGGAGGCUCGCGAGACGAGCACGAAGAUCAUCGUGAAGCCGGGUCGCACGAUCUGCACGUGGCAGUGGGUGUUCGGGGUGGAGCAGUGGAACGACAGGUGGCGCUACCAGUCCAACAUCCUCGUCGACACCAACGACGAGAACGAGGUCCCCGACGCCAAUCAGAUUCCAGAGAAACUCUAUCAGAUGUGAGGAAACAGAGAGAGUCUGGGUAAACCAUUCCUUGAAACAGAGAGACUUAACAGAUACCACAACUAAUAUGGAUUAGAUUCCAGACAAACUCUAUCAGAUGUGAAGAAAACAGAGAGUCAGUCUGGGUAAAUGAUUCCUUAAAACAGAUACUUAUCAAAUAUCACAAAUCUGGACUAAGCCAACAAACUGUUAUCAGAUGUGAGACACACACACAUACACACACACACACACACACACAGAGAGAGCGAGAGAGAGAGAGAGAGAGAGAGAGAGAGAGAGAGAGAGAGAGAGAGAGAGAGAGAGAGAGAGAGAGAGAGAGAGAGAGAGAGAGAGAGAGCGAGCGAGCGAGCGAACGAGCAAGCGAGAGCAUGGGUAAAUCAUUCCUUGAAACAGAGAGACUUAACAGAUACCACAACUAAUAUGGACUAGAUUCCAGACACUCUAUCAGAUGUGAGGAAAACAGAGAGUCUGGGUAAAUCAUUGCUUAAAAUAAAAAAAAUAUUUCUGUCAAGGAUUAAUCAGAUAUAAAAAAAACAAAAAACACCCAAACCGAAGAACCAAAGCAUAUAUAUAUAUAUACAAACUCGCAAACAGGGUUCCUGUACACCAAGAGCAAUGGUCUGGAACCAGUCUUGAAGUAUGUAAAUGGUUCAAAUUUGUGACGUAAUAUGUGAACACGUCAUAAUUGUGCAAAUUGCCUCAUUAUGUUUACAAAUGAGCAAUAAAUAAUUCCUUAAAAAUUA